AUGGAGAAUGAGAGCUCAUUGCACACGGCGCAUGUCCCUCCUCACCUCCUGCAGGGGGACCCUUUCAGCUCACAGCUGCCCAAGGAGUGGGACAUCGUGGCUGCUUCCUAUAUUCUCAUCACUGGGAUUUUUGCAGCCAUAGGCAAUGGUGACAUCAUCUACAUGGCAAUCAAACGGAAGACAAAGUUAAAGCCAGCUGAACUAAUGACCCUGAAUUUAGCUAUAUUUGACUUAGGCAUAUCAGUGGCGGGGAAGCCUUUCUUCGUGGUCUCGAGCCUGGCCCACCGCUGGCUCUUCGGCUGGUAUGGCUGCUGCCUCUAUGGCUGGGGAAGCUUCUUCUUUGGCUGUGGCAGUCUCUGCACCAUGACUGUGGUCAGCUUUGACCGCUACCUGAAGAUCUGCCACAUGAGAUACGGUUUUUGGAUCGAGCGCCAUCAUGCCAUGUUGAGCCUGCUCCUUGUUUGGCUGUACGCGGCCUUCUGGGCCACCAUGCCCCUGGUGGGCUGGGGCAGCUAUGCACCAGAACCCUUCGGCACAUCCUGCACACUCAACUGGAGGCUGGCACAAACCUCCGCAGCCGGCCAGAGCUUCAUCCUCACCAUUCUGGUCUUCUGCCUAAUCCUACCUGCUGGCAUCAUCAUCUUCUCCUACAGCAGGAUCAUCGUCAAGGUGAAGUCAUCCAGAAAAGAGAUCUCCCGCUUCAACAAAUGUGAUAAUAACAGCCACGACAUCCUGGAGAUUAAGUUAACUAAGGUGGCGAUGUUGAUCUGUGGUGGAUUUUUCAUAGCAUGGCUGCCAUAUGCCAUAGUGUCAGUGGUGUCUGCAUUUGGGAAGCCUGAUUCAGUGCCUAUUCCAGUAUCAGUCAUACCAACCUUGCUGGCCAAAUCCUCGCCCAUGUACAAUCCCAUCAUAUACCAGCUCAUUGCCUGGAAGUGCAGCUGUGCAAAAUCCUCUCGUCUCAAAGUCUUCAACAGGAUGAAGGAGCAUUACCCCCCAAGCUUCAUUAUGUAUUCUCUCGAGCCUCUUGAGGAACAGUGUUAA